GGCGGACGGGGAGGGGUGAGGAGCGCCGGACGCGGACGGGAGCGCAGUUUAUCCCGUAGGGGUAUGGGACGCAUCGCUCUCGCGGGCGGUUUGGAGUUUUAAUUAUAGAAUGGCUGCGGUCGGAAGGGAGCGUGGGACCUCCCAGCACUAACCCUGCCAUGGGCUGGGUGCCCCCACCAGGUCGGGCUGCCCAGGUCCCAUCUGUGGGCUCAGGCACCUCCAGGGAUGGGGCACCCACAGCUCUGGGAGGCAGAUUUGGAUGCAGUACUGCAGGUGGGACCUCAUGCGGGCAGAGUAAAGGGGACAAACCUGCCUGCUCAGUGCCACCCCUCUGCUGAGACGGCCCAAGGUACUGUUGGUACAGGUGCAGACUGUUGCUCUGCAAGUGCACACUGCUGUUUGUGUCCAGCUUUUCUCCACCAGACCCCCCCCAAAGCCUUUUCUGCAUGGUUGCUUUCAAGCAGUUCUCCCACACACACCUGGGCAGCACCUUGCAUGGACUUGUUGAACCUCAUCAGGUUUACGUGGGCCCAGCUCUCAAUCCUAUCCAGGUCCCUCUGGCUGGCGUCCCUUCCUUCUAUUGUACCAACUGCACUGCUCAGCUCGGUGCCAUCAGCAAAGUGCUGAGGGUGCACUCAGUCCCAUCAUCGAUGUUAUUGGUAAAGGUGCUGAGGAGCACCGAUCCCUGUUGAAGAGUUAUUGGGGAUCUCCUCCCCCCAGCUGUAGGGGGGUAUUUGGCAAAUGGAUUAAACCACUUUGAAAGCAUAAAUUUGGUGUGACUUGAUCUGAGGAGAGCCUUGGGUCGCCACAUGUCAAUGUUCUAUCACACUGCAGUGCUCACAGCCUUGUCCCUUCCCAUCCCAGUGUGUACCCCAGUGACCCAGCUGCCUGGCCUCUGCCUCAGGUGCAAUGUGGCCAAAAAUCACCACUAUUCGGGUGCUCGCUCCCUGUACCUGCACAGAUGUGAGAUGGAAUGUUCUGGAUGAAAGCCCAGCCCUGUGACCGUGCAAUUUGCAGCAAAUAAUAGGUGGGGACCAGUUUCGUGGAUGGGUUUUGGUGCCACCACAAAGAGCAGGAGUGUCUGUGGAACUACGGAACAGCCAAUGAUGAGGUCUGCAGCCCCGUGCUCGUGAGGUGGCCCUGAUUUUUCCAGUAUGCAGUAGGCAUGAGAAUUUCAAGCCAAGGGCUUCAAGGAGAUUUGAGUUUCCUCUGAGAGACCACAGCUGUGAGCCUGACAUAAAUCCCAGGGGAGGAAGCUUCCUUCAUAAACCUUCCCAGAGGCUGUAGGAGGGUACCUUUGCCAGCAGUUGUAACUUCUGCCCUGUUGUGCUGGUGUCAGUGGGUUGUGAUGCGGAUCAUUGCAGGCUGAGAUGGAGGUUUCUCAGGACAGAUCUGCUUUUGUUUUUUGUUGUUUUUUUGUGUGUGUGGGUUUGCCCCAAGGUAAGAUGGCAUGAUAACGAAGGCUUUAGGUUGUGCAUUGUGCGUUCUUAAAUAUUGAAAUGAGCAAAUAUCAAACAGCCGGUCUGUUUUUCAUAUUGACCCUAAUGUUUGCUUUUUUCCCAGAUCCUUGUGGUUUCAGAACAGUGUCCUCCCAGAGACAUCACUCUCAUUUUUCCUGAGAUUGUUGUGUUGCAGAUGGUUGUGUCCUUUGCAGCCAAUGGUCACUCCCUGUGUCACACCUUUGAUAGGCUCCAGGGAGGCAGAAAUAGAGCCCAUGUAAUGCAGGCAUGUGUGAAUAAAUGUCUGAGAAUCAGAAAAUGGAAAAAUCCAGCCUGCUGUGCUGUGAAUGAUGCUGGUUUGCAGCUUUCUUAGGGUUCUGUAAAGUACAUUUUUAAAUGAAGCACGUCAAAAUGCAGGAAGAUGCCUGGGUCUGCCUGCUUGUCUUACACAGUGAGCAUGAUGGCAGAGAACAAAAGUCAAUGGCAAGGAUGCCAUUCUGGUCUGUAAGCUGCAGGAAGGCACAGUUGUCCUGCAGCCAUUUUCAUUGCAGAAGUUGUCCUCCAUACAGCUCUGUGCAGCCAUCCUGAUGUAAAAAAGUACCAUAAAAAGUGAUUGGUCUUUACUCUGCCUUUUGAGGGAAGAUAGCAAAGAUAGCAUGGGCAGUGCAUUUGGCAGUGCACGUCAAGAGAGACGUCCUUCAGAGUGCACACAGAUCAGAACCCACAUUCUGUGAUUCCCCAGGGCUGCAGUGCAUGAUGUCUGAGGUGCUCCUGUCUGUCCUGCCAGCUCCCAUCCUGCACAUCACCUUCAGCAGCAUGGGGGAGAAUUUACCACCUUUACCAUCUCUGAGCUCAUUGUAAAUCAGAGAGCUCAGGGAGCUCAUUCUAAAUCAGGGGGAAAAUAAUUAUUGUUGCUGUAAAUACUGUAAUAAGGAGUGUUUCUAUGUCUGAAGAGCACUUACAUGGUCAUACAUAGGAAUGCUGCUUCAUAGUGCCUUACAGAUGUUGAGGAAUAAAAGGAGCAAAGACUGAAUAUCUGGGGACGUUGUGUCUGUAUGGUAGGGGCUGAAUAAUAAGGCAGCAUAAUGAGGAUCACCGUGCAGUGAGAGGUGAGGGAAGAGAAUUAGUGAACGUGAGAAAAGUUGCUGUUGUUGGGGCAGAAGCAUUCUAUCAAGAUAGAGAACGUUUUGGUAAUCAUCCUACAAAGCCAUGGAAGUGUUCCUUCCUCCUGGUCAUGCUCUGAAGUGGUGGAGACUGGGAGCCCUGGUUUCCAGUGACAGCUGUUAUAAACAGUUGUGGCAUUCCUCACCAGUCUGUGCUUGAAGACAAUAACAGUUAUCUUAAUUUCUCUGGAGCACCGCAGUACCACAAAGCUGAGUCCUGAGCCAGCUCCAGAUCUGAGUGGCAACGUUCUGCAGCACUAGCACUGUCUUGGAUUGCUAUUUUUCACUGUUAUACUCAGGGGAAAAGGUGCUUUCCAAUCCACUUUGCUUUCCCAGUGCUGGAUUGCUUGGAAAUUCAUUUCAGAAAGGUGGUUUAAUUUGUCCUUAACAUCUCUGUCAUGGAAAGUUUUUUUUAUGAUAUCUCCAAACAAUUCCUUUAAGAGCUUUGCUGUUCUGCCAGGUUUCCCCAAGAGCAGUUACGUGCCUCCCUUCAGUAGAGCAGCCAUAGCCUUGGGGACUGGGCUUUUCCUUUUGCUCUGUAGCAGGCUUUCAUGCAUGUAAAGACUGUUGAACAUUUCUUUCAGCUGCGUCCUUUCUGGCCCAGACAUCCCUGUUAAUUCAGUUUAUUCUCAUAGGUCCACUUUUCUGAUAACUCUCACUGCUUUCCUCUGUCCUCUUUCUAUGUAGCCCAUAUCAUCUUGGGAACGCAGUGCCCAGGGCUCAGUGAACACAGGGUUCCUGUUUUCCAGAAUGAACAAAAUAAGAUCUGUGUGAGGUUUUCUUCCUAGUUACACAUCUGCCAAAGUCUUUGCCACUUGGAAGGGCUGUCAGAUUGCUGAUGCUGCUGAUGCUACCUCUUGGUCCUACAGUGUGGACCUGGUUACUCUGCGUCAUGCAGUAGGGCAGCUGCUUGUUUCUUAACUCACAUUUAACCUUCUUAUUCCUGCGUGCUAAAACCAGCUUGUAUCACUGGAAGAAGCACGCCAUCCACUUCAUUAACCAAGCCAUUAGUGAAAGCAGUGCCAACUGCUGUGUUUUCUUCUUCCCAUCACAGCAGAGUACGUUCUGCAUGGUGUUGGUAAGGCUCUGAGUGCUCUCUGGCUGCGUGCUCCAGAUGAGGGCAUUCAGCCAAAUGUUGAUCCCAUUUUCUUCCUGAAUUGCCUCCGGGACAGAAGGAGGUACAAGGUAAAUGAAUGCUUCUUCCAGGAAGUGUAAGGCCAUACUUCUGCAAAUGUGCCUAUUGACUUUAUUUACCAGGUGGGGAAUUGCUGCAUGAGUGGUCAGUGUGCUGCCUUCUGAAGCCACCUCAUUCCCUAAGUUGGCGAUAUGGGGGGAGAUGAGGAGCAAGGGGCACAAGGAUGCUCUGAUUAAUUGUUCAUAGUUAGGCUUAUCAAUUCUGCCAUCAUUCUGCUGUUAUCAAACAGGCUGCCCAGGGAGGUGGUAGAAUCACUGUCUCUGCAGGCGUUCAAGAACCUUGGGAAUGUGGUAUGUAGGGUCGUGGCUUAGUGGGCAAGGUUGGUGGUGCUUGGAUGGUUGGACUGGAUGAUCUUAGAGGUCGUUUCCAACCUUAAUGUUUUUACUAUCAUGCCUUGUGUUUUUAAGUCAUGACUGCAGAUAGUGGGACAUCACCCAGUGCCUUUCAGAUGCUUCUGCAGGCAAAGCUGUAGGAUACUGGAUUGGAAAAGAGGACAGGCAAGGAAAAAUGGCUGAAGCAUAAAGGUGAAACUCAGUGCGUGUGGAUGGCCUGAAAAAUCCCAGUGGACCCCAUGCUCAGAAUUGGAGUCUCAUGGGAAUGGCUGCACAUACUGAAAUCAGAUUAAAUAAAGCAUCAUCAGAUGCUCUGCAAAGCACAGCACACUGCUGAACUGAGCACAGACAGUUUGGGUGGAAUCUGCAAGAGUUUUUUCUUUUUUAUAUCUCUUUCCAGCAUUAUAGACUACAGCUGAUUUUCAGAGGGCCAGUGCUUGAGCACUGAUUCCUUUGGAUGCCAUGAUCUUUUUCAGAGCACUCUGUGUUAGCCUAAUUCCCAUUGCUUCCACUGAAUGAACACCUUGCAGACUUACAAGUGAAGGGAAUAGAGCACCAUUAAAUACGUGGGGAAAAUUCUGUAUUUCAGAAUAGUCUAAAGUCUAGACAUCAUCUAAAGGAUGUUGUCACAGUGAUACACCAUCCUUUCCUAAAUGGAAUUCAGUGUGUUGGCUCAGGAUACCUCUGGUGAUGAAUCCCAUCAGGUGUGAAGAGAAGAACUGUGGGCUCCUCUGGGGCAUGGGCUCACAGAACCUCAUCUCUAUGUGCUGAUGUGCUGGGCUUCAUAGGGAGGUUUGGUUACCUAAAUGUGCUUGGAAGGCCCUCACCUACAUCUGAGUAAUGGUCUGAAAUUCCCUUACAGGAGAGAAAUCGGAUUCAUGACUUAGUAUGCACCAAUAUGAUCUUUCCUCCCAUGAGUUAACUGAAGACAAGUGAUGGACUGAUGUCUGUGAUGUGCUCUGUUCAGUGGUGUGAAUCUCAUUUGUCACAUUUAAUCUCACACUGCACCGUAUCUCAUCAGCCCUCACAAUUCCACUCCUGAUACGACGUUGAGGAAUAAUGGGAAUGAAAAUUUGAGGAAAAAAAAUUAUUAAUUGGAGGUUUUGCAUUUUGUGUUUGUGAUCAGAGACUGCAAGGCUGAUGGAGUUCAGGUAGUGCUCUCAGAUCUAAGUGUUCUGGCUCCUGCUUCCUCCCAAGAAGCUCUUGGUGAUGUAGAGGAUGUUUCUGUGCUACAGCAUCUACCAGCAUCACUGCUUGCUAAUUUCUAGCCUUUCUUUGUGAUUAUUGCAGAACCAAUUAUGGUGAUUAUUACGUGAUUUGGGAUGGAAAGAGCCUUUAUUCCAACCCUGGUAAUGGGCAGAGACAUCUCUCACUACAUCAGGUUGCCCAAAGCCCCCUCAUAAGGCACGCUGAGUCGCAAGGUGUAGUGGUGGUGGCUUGGAUAGCUUGUAUGUGUAUAGACAGGAGAGAGAAAAUGUUGGUAUUUCCUUGAAAGCAGAAUGAAAUAUUAAAACCUGUGUGCCUGUGCAACAGCAUGCUGAAUUAAGAAAUGCUGAGGAAGUCAUCUUAGAGCAAGAAAAAAGGUCAGGGAGGUGCAAACUACCUAUGGCUUCUGCUUGCAGGAUAUGGCAGUGUAUGCAAAUAGUAUAAAGUAAUUUGGUGUUGAUGCCAACAGAGUACUCCUGAGAUCUCAGAAACAUCCUGAAUAAUCAGAAUAACCAGUUUAGCCAGUAGCACUGCAUGCUGCUCCCUCAACACAUGAGAAAUUCAGGUGCAAACUAUGCUCCUGUUGAUUGAGCUCCGUGUCUAAAGAAGUUUUAAUCACUAAUUCUGCUAACACACAUCCCUGAUGGGGAGUGAAUCAGGUUCCUGUGGUCCACUCAAGCUUAUGAUCCAUGCUUGAGUGGAAAACAAAUGAGUAAUUGCAGUUGUGCUCAUUCCUCUCUCCCAGAGACACGUUUGCAGGUUGCUUUUGUUUUGCUCUUGGUUUUGUUGUUGUACCCAAUGUUGAAAGCAGCUCCUCAUCACAUGAACGUGCUUAUUCCAUUCUAGAUUCCUUUCUUUGCAAGGUGCAAACUGCUCACUCACUGGUUCACUAGCUCAUGUGCCUUGGAUAGCAAAUAACAGCACUCACAUUGCUGCUCUUAAACUAUCCCUUCCCCUACUUGUUCAUCUUCUUCCUUUACGCUGGCAGUGUGGCAGCCAUUCCAGUACGCCGUGCUGCCUAAUCCUACUUAUUGUGCAAGGUACAUGUGCCUGUUAUUUUCUUGUCAGGUUUAUUCUCUCUCAUCUACAGCUUCUGCAAAAUGUUAUUCUUUCCUGUAUGCAUUUCAGACAGUUUAAUCCAGAGCCAGGAUUCUAGUUUGGUUACUGUUACUUUUGAGGCAUACUCAGUCCUUCACACCAAGGCGUGCAAACCGUACAGUCAGACCCCAUUUUACUGAUGCUAUGGAGCUUUAACUUUCACACAGACCCUGAGUUUUCUGUGCAGUACAUUGUGGGAUUGCUUUCUCCCAGAAGCUGCAUCCUGCUUUAACUAUGGUCUAUGGACUGGCAAUUUCUAAAGCUUCUUGAGCAGGUGUUGGGAUCUGGUCUCAAAGCAGCACUCUGCAAGCACUCGGAUGCUAUUUACUGGAGUCAGUUGUCCCAAAUCUACAAGAACUGGCUCAGAAAUUGCUCCCUCUUUUGUCUUCUCCUGUGAAUGUCUCUGUUAAGUGUGCUGUUAUUGCUAGGAGUGCCAUCUGCUGUUUGCUGGGUCGCACUGUGUCUCCGUUGCUUGUCCAGGUUUCAGUGUGACUGAACCAACCUCGUUUAUUUUGGCAAGAUUCAACAUUUACAUGAGAAACUAAACCCAGGUAUGAAAAGACAGAAGAAAAAAUGGAUUUUCUGUCGUCUCCUGAAGCGUAGCUCUGUUCUAAGCCAUCCCUUUGCAAUUCCUUGUGUUGUUACCCAGCUACAGGGGAAGGAAUGAACUCUAAUUCCUCUGAGUUUAGCCUGAAGUCAAAGGAAACAUUUUUCAAUGUCUUAUAAGAUGUUUCGCCUUGUUCCCUUUAUUUUUUCCCCCUGCUCCAUUCAUUGAAAGAGCAAAGUCUGUAUUUCCAUUUCAGUCUAUUUUUUCAUGCACUUUUUGCCUCGCUCCAGCCAGAUCUGCACGGUCACACCAAAGCAUUCUCUUUGCCCCUGAGCACUCUUGGAAGCUGUUGUUGGCUGCACCAUAAGGUUGUUCUCAGCAAAAAGCAUCCCGUUCUCUAGAAAUGGCAGCCAGAUUCUGAACAGACAGGAAUGUGUGACUUUGGUUGCACUGAAAUCUUCAUAUCUUCCCCAUCCGCCGUGCUGGGCUGCAGCUGAGGUGUGCGGUGUCCACGCGAUGGCACUCUGUCACAGUCAUCUUUUAGUGCCAUUAACCUCAUGUUUGCCAGCAUGCUGCUUGGAGCUGAGCGUGGAGCUUCACCAGAAGCACAGCCCUGCCUUGCUGCUUUCCCAUUGCUACUCCAUUCCCUACUUCAACCACGGAGCUGAAGCACAAAGCGCCUUCACAAAGCUGCCUGGCUUUAGGUAAGCACCUCGGGUUAUGAUAACACUAUUAUUAAUAUUAUUGAUGACAGCCAAAAUGUUUUUUCACUCUGAAUGUGUCCCUCUCUUCACCUUCAGUUCCAUGAACUGUGCUCACCCUUUGCCUGUUAAGUUAAAUAACAGCGCACUGCCUAAAACUGUCUCUCCGUUUAAGUAUUUUUUUUUUUUUCCUCUGGGAAGGAACUAAAAAGAAUUCCUCAAAUCUUUCCAGGAUACCAAAGGAUUCUUAUGCACCUCCUGGAUCUUCCUAGAAACCACUGAAUGUGUGGCUGAAGGACCUGAGCGAAAGGUCCCUCCCUGUGCAGUGUGCAGUGCUUUUGGAGGUGGAUGAACGAGGGAUGCAGUCGUCACAGGUCAUGGCUCUGGUGAAGGAGAGAGGCAGUUGCAGAGGGCAGCCCUGAUCUACCUGCUGCCAUGGUAUGUUGUGAUACCACCUUCCCUUCAGGCACCUGGAACUGAAAAAAUACCCACAUCCCAUGGCCAAGGGCACCAGGUGACACGUGAGGGUGACCAAAGAACCCUCAUCCAAGAGGGUUUCCAUCUUGAGAGUGGUGAAUGAAAACACACUGAGUCCUGCCUGGUAGAGACCAAAGCAGAGGAACCGCCGUGGCUGCUGCACUCAGCACUGCAAACAUAACUUCACGUGCUACCCAGACUGUGAAACUGCACGUAGUGGAGACAAGAAUGCUAUCUAGAGAUGGUAACAACUCCUGUUUCUACCCACUGCUUCUCUUCUCCUGCUCCAGAGGCCAUUUAAGCCCUAUGUAAGCAACACGUCCCACUGGAAGAUUGCUCUCAGCUGAAUGUGCCACGUGGGCUCACAGUAUUCCAGGAUGUACAACUCUUAUAAAUGCAUUUGUGUUCUUUUUUUCCUUCAUAAGUAGCUACAUGUUUGACCUUGAAGUUAACUGUGUUGUUGAAUUUAGUGAUUGCUCUAGAUUUUUUUAAAUCCAAUGUGUGUAGUUUAAGAAAACUCAUUUUUUCUUUCUGUUUUUCAACAGGAAAUUCAGUUGUCUCUAUUCAGGAUUUUCCCUUAGUUGAAUAAAAGCAGGGCUGUGAGUUUUACCAGAGCUUUAUGGCCAUCCUGUUUGACCAUGCUGGUACCCCAAGGCUCUGCCUGUCAGUUUUGUGGAGCUCGUGACUGACUGCACUGGAUCACGCUUCUGUUCAGGUUUUCUCCUGUGUGGGAUGUGCGAUCAGCCUGGUGUUCAGAUCCCCUUAGCCAGCCCCACUCUUCCUCUUUCGAGGGAAGCACCACCAGUCAUUGCAGUCGUUCACCGUGUGCAAGACCGGGAGCAUCUCAGUACAUGGAACAUGCUGCGAGCUUCAGCACCGACGCAUUGAGAACUGGUUCCCAAAACAGCAUUUGAAGACUGGAUGUUUGAUGAAGAGAAAGCCAGAAUGAUCUGGAGGAAUAAAUGAGAACUGAGCUCUGCGCCGUUUGGAAGCAGGUUCUGAUCUACAAAUCGGGCAGAAAUCAGGUUUACAUCAGGAAUCCAGGCAGUAUUGUAUUGUCUCUUGGGUACUCUUCCAGGAGAGAUCUUCAUAAAUACCAGAAGUGGGACAUUCAGAUGUUAGAGUGGAAGUGAAAAUACUUUUGAGGAUAGCUUUGUCCCGAAUGUUGGGGCAUAGGUCACAUGCCCAGAUGUUUCUAUUGCACCCUCUCACUUUCCAGUAAUGAUUUAUGCAGCUGCUGUUUUCAACAAGUUGGUUUUCCUUCAGUGUUGGGCUCCAGUAUGAGAAGUUGUAAUUUAGCAAAAAGGUGAGCAUCUUUCUUCAUCAUCCUGGAAAGAUUACAUUGAAAACUGAAAUCAGUUCAGAGGAUGACUCACUAUAACCUUUCGACAGAGCUCUCUCUCCAGAGCUCAGCAAAUAAGUCAUUAAAUUUUACUGAACCACCGCUGGCUUUGGAUGAAAGGACAUUAUUAGGGCUGAAGAUAUCCCUGUCAGUCCUUCUGUCUGUCAUAACUUUGGCAACGAUCCUUGCAAACAUUUUUGUUGUUAUUACAAUUUUUUUUACUAGAAAGCUCCACACACCUGCAAAUUACCUCAUUGGCUCCUUGGCAGUAACAGAUCUUUUAGUGUCCGUCCUCGUGAUGCCCAUCAGUAUCGCUUACACUGUCACCCACACGUGGGCCUUUGGCCAAGUGCUGUGUGAUAUCUGGUUAUCAUCAGACAUCACGUGCUGCACAGCCUCAAUCCUACACCUCUGUGUUAUUGCGCUGGACAGAUACUGGGCUAUCACAGAUGCUUUGGAAUAUGCCAAACGCCGGACUGCUGGCCGAGCAAUGCUCAUGAUCGCCGUGGUUUGGAUGAUCUCCAUUAGUAUUUCUGUGCCACCGUUUUUUUGGAGGCAAGUGAAAGCUCACGAAGAAAUCGCAAAGUGUAAUGUGAACACAGAUCAGAUUUCCUACACCAUUUAUUCCACUUGUGGAGCUUUCUACAUUCCGACUGUGCUCCUCCUGAUAUUAUAUGGUAGAAUUUAUGUAGCAGCUCGAUCCAGGAUCCUGAAGCCACCCUCACUGUAUGGGAAACGAUUCACUACUGCACACCUGAUAACUGGCUCUGCUGGGUCUUCCCUCUGCUCCAUUAACGCAAGCCUUCACGAAGGGCAUUCCCAUUCUGGUGGAUCCCCAAUAUUUAUCAAUCACGUUCAAAUAAAACUUGCAGAUAGUAUUCUGGAGAGGAAAAGAAUUUCUGCUGCGAGAGAAAGGAAAGCCACCAAAACUUUAGGAAUUAUUCUAGGAGCUUUCAUUUUCUGCUGGCUGCCGUUCUUUGUCAUGUCCCUCGUCCUGCCCAUCUGCCAGGACGCAUGUUGGUUUCAUCCCAUCCUGUUGGACUUUUUUACGUGGUUAGGUUACUUAAACUCAUUAAUCAAUCCCGUCAUUUAUACAGCUUUUAAUGAAGAAUUUAAACAGGCUUUCCAAAAACUAAUACACUUCAAAAAGUGCUCGUCUUGAUCCUCUACUGUUGCGUUACUGAGCUUUGCACAAUCUUGCAGCCUCCCUUGAGAUUUUUUGUGCUUUGAUUCCUGGGUGCAGAGUGGUGAUCUCCAUCCCUGUGCUGUGCAUGGAACAGGGAACGUCUCUGGUUUGGCAAGUUUGGUUCUCUCUGUCUGGGACUCUAUAUACCAUAAGAUAACUUGUCUGUGGUCUCUGCAGUGAUCAUUUGUAUGCGUAAUAUCAACAGAUGAAGUAAAGUUUGCAACAGGUGAAAGACUGAACACAAAGCUGAGUUUGUGCAGGGCUGCUCUGAAAGUAAUGCCUCCUGGUUUGUAGUGUUGGCCCACAACGCCAGAGGUGGGUGUUGGUGGGAUGGCAGUAGAAGUUGAACCUUCCUGCCAAUAUCCCAUUACAUAUUGCUGCUGCAUGACUUGUGGCAGCAGUCUGACAAACGGUGUCUGAAACAGAAGUGUGUAUAUAGCAAAGGUGUGUCAUUGAAUUCCUCCAUGCAGGAAGAAAUGGCAUCCAUUGACAUUCAUCGACACUUUGGAACAUUUCUGGAGGCCCAGCAGUGGAUGUGAGCACAGUGAGGUGGUGAGUGGUGCAUUUCAACAGAGGUGACAGUGAUGAAACAGUUGAGUUGCAUUCUGGACAGCCAUGCAGAUUUUUAGAGCGUGGCAUGCAGCUCUUGUUCAUUGCUGGUGAAAAUGCACAGCUAAUGGUGGUGGAUAUACUGAAAAAUAGUGUUCUGUAGCUGAGAAUUUGCUCUAUCAAGCAGUACUGCUGUACUCUUUGCAUCUGUUCCAGUUUCUGCAGACAGAAAUAGGAGGCAGUACUGUCAGAGCGACAUUUAGAAUCAGAUGGCACAUGCUGCCAAGUCUGUCAUGUCUUUGUAACCUGAUGGGAGGAAAGCUUAUGCAUAUUUGGAGGACUUCAGUACUUCUGCUGUGUAUUACCAGCAUUUCAUGAAGGCUUAGAAGGUUUCUGGAGAAUGGGACCUAGCCACCUGCAUUUCCUGUGGCACAUACCUGUCCAUCUGCAACUGAUAAAACUAGCAGCUUUGGCAGAGAACAGGAGGCAGCCUGAGUGCAGGCAGCAGGGCAUGAAGAUGUAGCAAGCAUGUGAGUUCUCUGGGCACUUCACAAAUGUGAAUUUGAAGCUGCAAUUUUGGUAAACUGCAGAAAGAAGACAUACUGUUGGCAAUCAUUUUUACACAUUUGAUCAUGUGUGCAAUAGCCAGUGCAGAAAUACUACAAAAUAAAUAGCAUGAA